GAACAUUAGGCAGGAAACAAGGGAAAUGUCUGUAGGAGAAACAAAGCAAAGAAUUGGCCUGGCCAUGAUAGGAUCCCAUGGCUGUUUUGGCUGGACAUUGCACCCAUCUUGGCCUUUGUAGGAUAUGGGCAGGAAAUUAAACUGUUUUGUUGUGAAUAAGCAUAGAAACGUCGACCUCUGCACAGACAAAUUAUACAAGGAAAUCUGACUCAGGAAUUACAUGGUUGUGCUUAAAAGUGGAUAUUUUUGUAGUCGGUAAAAGUAGAUAUUGUUCGAAAUAUGCGGGUAAGGUGUCGGCUAUUUCUGAUGGACAUUUUGUAUUGCCUGUGAGUUGAGUGACCACACCACAUCCCAAGAUGUUGCAGCAGAUAAUCAAGGACAUGUACAUAGAUCCGGAGAUCCUCGCGGAACUCUCGGACGAGCAACGGGAAAUCCUCUUCUGUAAGAUGCGAGAGGAGCAAGUCCGACGAUGGAAGAUCAGCGAGGCCGAGCAUGAGAAGAAGAUGAAGAAAGCAAAGAAGAAAAAGAAAAAAGACGGAAAGUCAGUCGGGUGGCUUCUAGGUGCAGACAACAAUGAAUGGGUAUGGGUGAUGGGAGACCAUCCCUCGGAUUUCAAGAUUGAAGACGUCUUAGAGAGGGAGCGUCUGGAGAAAGCCAAUCAGAUUGCUCGGAAAGAAGCAGAGGCAGCCAGACUAAAAGAGGAAGAAGAGCUAAGACGAAAAGAAGAAGAAGAACGCAUCCUCCGAGAGGAGCAGCUGAGACUUGCCAGAGAGCAGGAAGAAAUCGAAAGGAAAGCCAGAGAAGAAGAGGAACGCAUCAAGCAGGAAGAGGCCGCGGAGAGGGAACUGAAGGAACGUCUGGCGCAAGAGCAAGCCGAGGAAGAAAAGAGACGAAAAGCCGCAGAGGAGGCAGAGCAGAGACUCCAAGAGAUGAAAGUCAAGUGGCAGAAAGCAGCGGCUGAGGAGAGGGAGCGGCUAGCCCGGGAAGAAGAGGCCAGACGAAAAGAGGAGGAAAGGCUCAAACAGGAGGAGAAAAAGCGACUGGAGUUGGCAGUGAGGCAGAAGGAAGAACAGGAGGCUAGGAGAGCAUCGAUGGAAGCCGCAAAGAGAAAGAGGGACCAGCUAGAACGAGAGAAGCAGGAGAAAGAUCGACAGGCCAGGGAGCUUGCUGAAAAGGCCAAGAAAAUCAGACUACAGACAGAGAAAGAACGGAAAGCCCUGGAAGAGAGGGAAAAGCAAUCCAAGACGGAGUUGAAACACAGGGUGGAACAGCUGUACGACGGCCUGAAGAAAACGGACGAGGAUAAGAAUAAUAUGGCUGAGAAGGAUCGAGACAAAAUCGAAGACAUCUGGAAAGUUCAAUUGAGAAGAUCGAAGCGUGCUGACACUGAGCGUAGUCAGAGAGCGCGAUGGGCUCGGGAGGAAAUCCGACGAUCAAGACUUAGUGGAAACUUUGAAAAUCUAACGUUGGAUGAGAUAUACAAACAAGGGCUAGCACCUGAGGAGAAACCUAUUAUAAGACCGGCCAGUGGCAUGCCUAGACCAUCGCAGCCAGUCAACAGAAACGACGUCGUUACUUGGUAUAAGGAUGAUCAGUAUCGCAAGCAAGCAGGGAUCAGUGUGGAUAUCAACGGCAGCAGGCCUGCCAAAUGGUUCCAUGGAGUCAUCCCGCGCGAGAGAGCCAACGAACUCCUCCAAGACAAGAAACCAGGCUCUUUCUUAGUCCGAGUCUCGGAGAAGGUCUGGGGUUACGUCUUGUCCUACCGAGCUCACGAUGAUAAAGUCAAGCAUUUCCUCAUCGACGCGUCGGGGGAGACGUAUCAGUUCUUCGGGGCUGACCCCUCCCAGCAACACUCCGUCCAUAACAGGCUGGGGGAUCUCAUCACUUAUCACAAGGUCAUACCAAUCUCAGAGCACGGCAAGGAAAUCCUGAGGGAACCAUGCGGGCAGGAGGGUCCGGUACCAGACUACUUUGAUCUCUUCGAGGACGUUGGGAAAGGCCAGUCCACAUCAUUAUAAGAUGUGAUUCCUCAGUGGCCUUGCAUUAUGAGAGUUUCAUUGUUUUAAAUUUGAUAUAUAUGUGCUAUUUAUGUAGUAUUGUCGUGUGAUGAUACUGUUAACACCUGCUUUGCAUUACUACGCUUUCAGUCUGUUUCAUACAUACAGCUAUAUUAAAUUACUAGAGCGCUAACUCCUCAUUCUUGCGCAUGGAGACGCUUUGAAGUCGCUCUGGGCGCAGAUAUUUUCAAUUCAUGUGCGUGUUUGUAGAACACAAUGAAAUUAGAUGGAUUGAAUUUUGAAAGUGUACUCUAAAUGCAACGCGCCAAGUAGAACGUACGCAAACUUCUUACGCAUGUUACGGUUAAAAAAA